AUGUCGAUAUUCGAGGGUUUCCGUGUUUUGCCAGUGUAUAGGUUACUAUGGCUGACGCUCCUCAUCACGAAUACCACGGCUCUCAGUCUUCUGGAACUUCUACAAGGCUCUCCUCAACUCAGCACGUUCUACGCGCGUGUCAAUGCCUCGAAGAAUCUCACCAACUUUCUGGCAAGCAGCAGUGACUUCACACUGCUCGCGCCUAGCAAUGAUGCAUUCGCAAAGUUGCCGGUUGGACAGUCGAAUAUGACCGACGAUCAAUUUACCGCAAUGCUGGAAUAUUCGCUUCUUCGUGGUGCAUUUCCCAAGCUGAGCUUGUCAACCGCGAACCAAUUCGUGCCUAGUCAUCUCAUCAAUUCGACCUACGCCAAUGUCACUGGCGGACAGGCGGUUGGACUGUCGCUGGAUAAUUCGGGGAAAAUACAGGCGUUGAGUGGAAAUAAAAGUGUUAGCACUUCUUCGGAAACGAAAGUAUGCGUGGGAGGGUUUGUCCACAUAAUGGACGAGAUGCUCACGAUUCCUUAUAAAGCGGUCGAUGAAAUAACUGCAGCUGGGAUGGAGUACUUCAUUGCUAUCCUCGCUAAAGGCAAUUUUCUCACCACCGGUGCCAAUUAUGUUAAUCCUGUGGUUUAUCAACCAAACAUAACGUUUUUUAUUCCUAAUUCGCCCGAUGCUCUUUCCAAUUUCAGCGAGAUAGUGAAAACCGCAAGUCCGUCGUACUUACAAACCGCUUUCCUCUAUCAUGUAAUUCCAAAUUACAUAGGAUAUAGUCCGAUGUUGAAAGAUGGACUGUCUUUGAAAGCUUCGAAUGGAAUCAAUCUUACCGUCCAUGUCCAAGAUGGCCAGACAUAUGUAAACUCAGCCAAAGUACUUUCAACUGAUUACAUUAUCUCGAAUGGUGUGGUGCAUGUAAUUGACAGCGUUCUCAAUACUACGAAUACUGCCGGUCCGCCCCCGAGCAGCGCCACGAACACUCCAGCACCAACGACUUCUUCAGAUACUCCCGCUGCCACGUCAGCCUCCGAUCCUACCCCUCUCGUAGCAGCCAAAUCCGCAAAGGGCUCUUCAAACACCGGCAGAACAAUUGGUAUCGCUGUCGGCGCAGGUGUCGCCGGACUUCUCCUUAUUGCUUCCAUUAUAUUCCUCUGCAUACGACACAGAAAGAAGAAACAGAUCCGAAGAGUCUCAGAAGCACAGGCAUGGAACGGUCCAGUGACUGAACUCACAUACGAAGGACCCACUGGCGAUCCAUUAUACGCAAAUAGAUAUCGCAUACAGAAAGAUGCUAGUUCGAAUAGAUAUACGACGCAGAGGAAUUCUGGGAUUAGUCAGUCAAGUAGUAGUACUCCACUUGGGCUGCAAACCCACAACUUGCCUACUCAUGCGGAGGAUGUGGGGGACAGGUUUCCAACUCCGCCGCCUGUAACGAAGAGUCAUCGACCGGAGAUUCCGCAGAGGAGUCCGAGUAGAGUUUUGAAAGGUGGUAUGUUUGAGGGGGUGGACGAGGAUAGGGUUUAUCGUUAG